CGAGCUGGUACAGCUACAUUUUCCUAUUGAUUUCGAUAGCUGCCUGCUUAGUGACUCUUGACAAUUGCUCGUCCACGCAUUUAUCUUCACUUUUCUUUUUAGCUAAUCCAUAAGGGCUCCGCAGACUGAAACUACGUCUCCAACCUGCCCAGUGAUUAAUACCGGAAGGCAUUUGGAUUCGCAACAAAGUGCUCUCUGAUCGCAUGUCAUAAACGCAGCCUGGACAAUACCUAUCAAUGCGCUCACCAUCCUACGAGCGAGGACAGGAACGAGUUCCGCCCCCUCGGAAUUCCGUAUCACCUCAGAGAAAAUCUAGGUCUCGGAGUCCUGGUCGAAAUCCGUCCCUCUCACCAAAACCAGACCACCGCAAUGGCCGCCGUUCUAGAAGUUGGACCCGCUCCCCUUCACGAUCUCGAAGCCGAAGUUUGGACUCUCGACGGGAUAGGAGCAGAAGCAGGAGCAGAAGCGCGAGCAUAAGCCGAAGCCGAAGCAGGAGCAGGAGCAGGAGCAGGAGCAUCCGUCGGUCUCGCAGUCCGGUCAAUUCUCUCCCAAGGAGCUCUAAAAUUGCCAUCGAAAAGUUGACGAAAAAUGUAACCGAGUCGCAUGUCCGGGAGAUAUUCGAGAGCUUCGGCGAUAUACAGAGUCUUGAACUUCCUAUGAACAAAGCAUUCAUGACAAACAGGGGCACCGCCUAUGUAUUGUACCAUGAUCCAGCCGAUGCCGAGGCAGCCAUUGCACACAUGCAUGAAGCGCAACUCGACGGCGCUGUUUUAAAUGUGUCCAUCGUUCUUCCGAGAAGGGCUUUCUCUCGUUCACCUCCCCCUGAACGCGGAAGCAGAGGUAGUUUCGGCCGUCAAGCACCUGGCCGUGGCCCAUCUCGAGGGGACGGUCGUUCCUCUCAACUUCCUCCACACAACCAACGAUCCUCGAGGGGCUACGGUCGUUCGCGGCACAUGGAAAGGCAUGAUAUUUACAGACCACGGUCCUUAUCUCGUUCCCGGUCGCCACGCCGUUCCCGUUCAUUAGCUUCCGAGUCAGUGUCCCCACCGCGCACUCGUCCGCGUGUGGAUAAUUCUCGACAUAGACGUCGCAGUCCGAGUUACAGCAGCUAUGGCAGCAGCUACAGUGGCAGGAGUCGAAGCCCAAGUAGAACCAGAGGCCGUGACCGGUAUGAUAAUGGAAGAAUGUAAAUUAUGUUGAUGUGUGGCGUCGGAACCUGACGGGCUUCUCUGUGCAUGUACCCUUCUAUGUACCUGCAUUUUCUUUCUUAAUUUCCUAGCUAGGCUACCUUAAGAACAGGAAGAAUGAACUGGGAAAGGCCAUCAACGCCCAAAGAGAAAUUGUCCGAAUUCGCACAGCGUUAUUUGGUGCUGCGUGAUGAUUAUCCAAACCACUCCAUGCUUAACGCCGCACAAUACCCAUGAAUAGGAAAGUGUGUAAUCUGAUAGUCACUUCAAAAGAAAG